GUAUUUCACCUUGAAUAAAGCAGCUUGCUUUUUACUGCAGGGACUCCUUUGUUAACAAAAAGAAAGCAAAACCCCAUCUUUGGCCAUAGUAGAAAAGAGAGAAUCAAUUGCAAGAAAAAAGGGUCAGUCUUUUUCUUUGCGUAAAGAAGUUUAGUUGAUGGAGGAAGGAGGGGGAGAAGAACAGUUUGAAGUGGAAUCAUCAAAGAGUGAGAAAGUGGAGGUGGUGAAGGAAGGAGUAGCUUCUAUAGCAUUAUUGCCAUCUGGGUCCAUUUCCGGUCACUUCAUUCAGCUGCCCCACUCCAUUUGCUAUGGUCUUCAUGGCACUGAAUUAGCUUGUGAGAGGGAGUGUAGCAGAGGAGAGGAUUAUCGCCUGAUCAAACUUACAAUUGUUGACUUCAACAGUGGGAAAGAACAAGCUGUUGUAGUUGAGUGUAAAGGCCAUGAUGCUGCCCGAUUCCAUAACGUUGAUCAAGCUCAUGGCUGGGAAAAGGAUAUUGUAGGUAUGGUAGAAGAAAAACAUGGGAAGAAAAAGAUUCAUGUUUCAUUUGAGUGUGAGACACUGAAAGCUGACAAAGCAGCUGAAGACCACAUCAAGCAGUUCAUGCCGAAAUUGGCUGGGCUAGAUGCUGUUGUUAACAUUGGGAGGAUGAGCAUUUCAGGAUUGGACUUUGAAGCAGAGGAUGCUGGUGUUAAGCAGACUAUGAUUCAAUAGAGAUAUACCUCUAUCCUUGUCUGUAUAUGCUACUGCAUACUAUAUGUUAAUCUAUGACAAGAAGCUAGUUAAUCACAUGCAGCUAUACCUUUUUUGCGUUAUCAUAAAAUAAGCAAUUUAAUGCUUGAUUAUGCAA